AUGUGUUUGGCCCUGCAAUCCUAUGCCCGUAAUAAUGACAUACCUUCUGAAUAUCAAGAUACAUUAGCGACAGUCAUAGACCUUUAUCGUAUCCGCACCGCCCAGUGUCUCAUAACAGCUGAUAUCACAAGACUUGUCUACUUGAUGAUAGAAACCAUGCUAUGUUACGCUUUCAUUGAGUAUACAUAUGAACGAGAUGGUGAUAUGGGUACUUUACUUUUAUCCGGGAAUAUUAUGCGUCUAGCCCUACAACAGGGAUAUCAUCGUGAUCCGGAUCAGCAUUCUGCUCUCAGUGUGUAUGAGGGUGAAAUGAGACGUCGCGUUUGGCUGAUUGUUACACAGCAUGAGUUACUUUUCUCCGUUCAAAUCGGACUUCCAAAAUCCAUCAAGCUCGCUGAGUGCGAUACCAAAGAACCCCGCAACCUGCGCCUAGAAGAGCUUUCCGAAGACAUGACCAUUCUCCCCCCAUCCCGGCCUGAUGAUGAAAGCACACACAAUUGUUACCAACGCGUCCAAUCUCGAAAUACGCGUGCCUACGGCUAUGUCAUUGAAUUUCUUCACACCGUCGAACCCCAACCAUAUACCGAAGUAAUCAGACUGGACGAAAUGCUCAAAAAAAAUACCACGAUCAGAUUCCCUCGCAUCUCCAACUUGGCACUCUUUCUCAAAUGGCUCACGAGACCCCAUCCAAUAUUGCCGAAAAAUUCUUUCUUCAAAAGUUUUACUAUAAAGCUACACUUCUUCUUCAUCGCAAAUAUUGGAACGCUACACUACCUGGAAACCCAGACGAAUUUCGAUGGUUUUCAAGACAAAAAAUCAGAGGCGUUGAUCAGGGCGAGAGACAUUUGGAGGGAGGUUGAAGGGAAGUGUAAGGAUGCUAAAAGGGCAGUGGAUAUUUUGGGAAGUUUGAUCAAGAGAUUGACGGUAAAGGUACAAAAUAAUGUUGUGUUGAAUGUAAACCCGGAAUGUGUCAAACAGCCUCCUAUUGUUACGACUAUCAACGAGGCGAAUGCGGAAAUGCUUGGUAAUUCGGUACCAAUGUAUACAGAUAUCUCUGUGCCGAUGAUUUUCGCGAACCAGGACGAUAGCUUCAAUGAUAUAAGUAUGAUUCCAGAAAAUAUGUUCGAUACAGGAGGGAUUUUUGGAACCUUUGGGGAACAAGUCGAUGUACCGGGAGAUUUUGAUUGGGAUGCAUGGGAUCAAAUUACUAUAGGUCCGCAUGCUUUAGGACAAGAAAGGGAUUUGGAAAUGCGCGAAAAUUAUUGGCUGUAA